CACCCACUACUGCCAACCAUAGACGAAUAUUCCACGUUGGACGCUGAACGUUGAACCGCACCGAGAGGCAAAGCCAUAGCAACCAUGGCAAGCUCAGAAGGCGCUAACAAUAGCUAUGUCUUCUUCGACGUCACCAUCGGCAACGAGCCUGCCGGCCGCAUCGUCUUCAAGCUAUACGACGAUGUCGUGCCCAAGACUGCUGAGAACUUCCGCUCCCUAUGCACCGGCGAGAAGGGCGUCGGCAAGGCCGGCAAGCCCCUGACCUACAAGGGCAGUCUGUUCCACCGCGUCAUCAAGCAGUUUAUGGUCCAGGGAGGCGACUUCACCAACGGCGACGGCACCGGCGGCGAGAGCAUCUACGGCGCCAAGUUUGACGACGAGAACUUCCAGCUCAAGCAUGACCGUCCUUUCCUGUUGAGCAUGGCCAACGCUGGUCCCGGUACGAACGGGUCCCAAUUCUUCAUCACCACCGUCCCGACCCCCCACCUCGACGGGAAGCACGUGGUCUUCGGCGAGGUCAAGUCCGGCAAGUCUGUCGUGCGCCAGAUCGAGAACCUACGCACGCAGAAUGAUAAGCCCGUCAAAGACGCCGUCAUCGCCGACUGCGGCCAGCUGACUGCCGAUGCCGCCAAGGCUGCUUCGUCCGAGGUUAAGGCCCCCGACGCCCUUGGCGACAUCUACGAGGAUUUCCCCGAAGAUGAUCCCGAGCAGCCCUUGACCGCCCCCCGUGUCCUCCGCAUCGCUCAGGACUGCAAGGACUUCGGUAACCGCGCUUUCAAGGAGGGCAGCCUGCCCACCGGCCUGGACAAGUACCAGAAGGGAUUGCGCUACCUUAACGAGGAGCCCGAGGUCAAGGACGAAGACCCUGCCGACACCCGCCAGAAGCUCGAUGCCCUACGCUUCACUCUCAAUUGCAACUCAGCCCUGCUUAACCUUAAGCUCGAGGCCUGGGCCGAAGCCGAGCGUCACGCUAGCGCUGCUCUCGCUGUCUCGGGCGUCUCGGACGCCGAGAAGGGCAAGGCGUUGUAUCGUCGCGGCGUUGCCCUCAUAAAGCUCAAGGAUGAGGACUCAGCUGUCCAGUCCCUCGAGGAGGCCCACAAGCUGGUCCCCGGCGACGCCGCCAUCACGAAGGAACUCGACGUCGUUAAGAAGCAGGCCGCUGCCCGUCUUGCCAAGGAGAAAGCUGUCUAUAAGAAGUUCUUCUCGUGAUCUCCCUCCGUGGUUAGAGAAAGCGACAGGGUAGGAGGGCAGAAUAGAUGGGAUAAACGACUUGGCGUAUCGAAGGACAGUUUGAAAAAUAAAUAAAAAAAGAAUGAGGGGCCAGGCGAAUGGAGGGUUGGGCAUAACGAUUCAGUCUGGCACACCGAUCAUCUUCGUACCCAGUUGCGGAUUUUGGUUCCGAGUGAACAAUGCGAUAGCGUGGCUCUGGACUUGACGAGAAUUACGAUACACAGACGAAGAGAAGCUCAACAAAGUAAAAUAAAUGUAAUAGUUCUAGCUGGUUAGCUGGGGAACGUAGAGAGGUAGCCGUGACGAGAAGGUUCAGGGCUCGACACCGAUAGACCUCUCGAGGGAGACUUAAAACCAUAACCGCCCUUUUUGACUCGCCCACUGACGCGCGGCUCUUUUCGUAGGGAGGGCAGAGGAUAAAACUGGACAAUAACGACGGUGAUUAGUCAUAGACGCUCGCCUUGUCCUUCCUC